AUGCCGCCUAAACAGGCUCGCAUCCGUCGCCUCCUCGCCAGGCGGCUACUCCUCGCUCUCCUCGUGGCUGGCCUCGCCACCUAUCUGCGCCGGCGAGGCGGCCAGUCGCUCCAGCGCAGCCUCGAGCGGGCGCGAGGGCUUGCGGCGAGGCGGGUGCGCUCCCUGCUUCGCGCUCAGAUGGCCGCGCUGCUGGCCAUCACGCAGCAGCAGCUCGAGGUGCAGGUGGAAGCCGCGCUCGACGGCGUCGCCUCGCGGCUUGGCCGGCGGCUCAAGGAUCCCGCGAUGCCUCUGCCCGUCCAGCACGCCCUCGACACGCUCGUCAUGGCGCUUCUGCCCGAUAUCAAACAGGAAUGCUGGCGCUGGACGGACGAGACCUUCCUGCCGAUGCUGCAGUCACCGCACCCGGGCUCGCCGCGAGCGCUCGGCCUCCCGGCGUGGUGGGCGCUCCAGGCGCUCGGCCACUUCCCGCUCGUCGGGCAGCUGUGGUGGCUCGUCCUCGCGGCUCUCGUCGACCGCUCGGACGAGUACCAGCUCUGCGCCUUCAUCGUCGGCUUGCGCGUGUCGCACUUCCUCUCCCUCGGCCUCGGGGCGGCGAGCUACGCCUGCUACCACGCCUACCUCUGCACCCUCGCCGCAGCCGCGGACGCGGACGCAGUGGCCGGGGAGGCGGGCUCGCGGGGUGCAGAGGUCUGCUUGCGCCUCGGGCCGAAGCUUCACCUGUGGGGCGCCGCUUUCUGGCUGCUGCAGCUCUGCGUCACGCUGCGCACCUUCGCGCUGCUGCCUCAGUCCGUCAAGAAGGGCGCGCUCGUCCCGCUCGAGCGGAGGCAGCGCCUGCCCUUCUCCUCCCGGCUGCACCUCGCUUCGGGCGGCGCGAUCGCCCGGGCGAACAGCUCAUCGCUGCCGGCCGACGCAGUGCGAGGAGGGCUGCUGCCCCGGUUGGGCAGGCUCGACCUCGGCCUUGCCGUCUGCGCCGUCGCGCUCGCGGUGAGUGCUUGCGUUGUGCUGCGAGGCGCGCGCCUCGGUGCGACGCUGUGGUGGAUUCGGACCGUCCACGGCCUUUUCUCUGGCCCGUACGUCGCCUUCAAGCUGCCGCUGCUCGACACCUUGCUCACGCACGCCCGAAAGACGGGGUACGAUCGCCUCGGCCACACCGUGCCCUUCAAGGCGCGCGUCGUGGCACAACCACAUCCCGAUCUUUUCCCGUAG